AUGCUUCGCCCAGACCCUGCCCAAACUUUGGCGAGCCAGAUCUCUGUCACAAAGCAAACUGUGACCAGUGAGCGCACGGCUGGCGCCAGCCACCGGCGCCGCAAGCAGGAUGCCAACUUCCUGUGCCCAGUGCCUGGGUGUGGCAGCACGUUUACGAGGAGCUUCAAUCUGAAAGGUCAUAUGCGUUCGCACAAUGAAGAGCGGCCAUUCCAGUGCAAGUGGCCGGGAUGCGGCAAAGGGUUUGCAAGGCAGCACGAUUGUAAGCGACAUGAACAGCUUCAUUCGAAUUAUCGUCCUUUCACGUGCGAUGGGUGCAAUAAGACCUUCGCGCGAAUGGAUGCCUUGAACAGACAUUGUAAGUGCUGUGUCUUCAUCAUCCAUAAUACAUCGCUUAUGGAAUUUCCUAUAGUACGUUCUGAGGGCGGUGCUGACUGUCAGCGAAUUCUCGAUGCUGCAAAGCAAGAGCCCGAUCGUGGCCCUGUACCCAAGACCGAGGAAAAUGGGUGGACUAGCAUGAGUGUCAUGGUAUAAUGCUCUUCCAUCCUCGCCAUCCUGAUACGCGGCAGCCCCUCUAAUAACUGACUUGAUAUGUCUAAUCUACAUUCCAUACAUUUCACGACCGCCUACCAUAUUCCUGGGACGCUUCUGCGGAUUCUCCUUUGACCAAAGAUUUUGUUAUACUACCCUCGCCUUUUGUCUUGUCAUUUAUCAUGUUAUUGAUGCAACUUCGUAU